AUGGAAUCUAUUCUAUCUGCACAUGAAAUCGGUGAAGGACUUCUUGUUUUGAUCAUACAUGGAUGGCAGAUGGAGGGAAGAGUCGAGGAGCUGGACUUUGAGCCGAUCUUCAACAAAAUACCGGGACUUCGCCGGAUUUACGUGGACCUUCCCGGCAUGGGCACAACACCCGCGAAUAAUGUCAAGGAUCUGGACGAUGUAUACCUUCGCCUGGUGCGAUUCAUUGAUUCUCGACUUGGGAGCUCAAGAUUCUUACUUGUCGGCUCAUCAUGUGGGGGAUACCUUGCACGUGCGAUAGCUCAAAAAUACAUUGAGCAAGUCGAUGGUUUACUAUUACGCGUACCGCUUAUUGAGCCAAAGGACAGCAUGCGCGACCUCGAUGCUUUUAAACCUUUGGUUGCAAACGAGCAACUCAUGUCCAACAUAUCAGCCGAAGAUAGGGCACUUCUUGGAAACGUUCUCGUUCAAACGCCUGCUUAUGUUGAAACUUUAAAGGCAAAAUACGAGGAGGUUUACCUUCCAGCGGAGAAAGCAGCAGACAAUAAGGUGUUAGAUGCGAUCCGAGCAGAUCCACAUCGAUAUCAGUUAUCUUUUUCGCUGGACAAUGACAGUGCCAAGUUCUUUGCACCCACACUUGUUGUAUGUGGUCGGCAAGACGAGAGCGUGGGCUAUCGAGACAGCCUUCGCUUGCUGGAGCUCUAUCCACGAUCAACCUAUGUUGUUCUAGAUCGUGGUACGCAUGGCCUUCCUAUCGAUGAGACUGGUGUUUUUGAAGCUCUUGUUCGUGAUUGGAUAAUCCGGGUUCAUGAAUGGCGAGGUCGCACGGAAAUAUAA